GGCUCUGUGCAGGGAGGACAAGCGGGGCUCUGUGCAGGGAGGACAAGCGGGGCUCUGUGCAGGGAGGACAAGCGGGGCUCUGUGCAGGGAGGACAAGCGGGGCUCUGUGACAUGCUUCCGUCUCACACAUCAGGAUGAUUGACAAGCCAGGAGUCUGCACAGAGCAAUAGACGCAGAGACAGCAUUUUUUCACCCAAAAAUAUACAAAUUUAACCAAUGUAUAUUACAAAUAUACAAAUGUUAUCUACAUUUAUAUAAAAAAAUUUUGUUUAUGAAAGGUACACUUUAAGGGUGCAGGAUAUACACAACCAGGGUCUCUUCUUCCUUUUGUAAAAAACAGAUGUUCAGAAGCUCAGACUUCUCAUAUUGAACCCAGGGGCUUUGUGGUUUUCCGUUGUUAACCGGUUGCAGACAUUCCGUACAUAACACUCCUUGAUGGGGUAAUCUGCGUGGAGUGUUAUCUUUAGCGGAGUUGGGAUUUGACUGUUUUCCUCUGUAUGACUGGUCUUGUUUCAGAAAAGCAAGGGUCAUUCCAUUUAGGUAACUAAUGUAGUUUUUUCAGCAGUUGUAAGCAGAUUAGUAAUAGCUAAAAUGGAAAGGAAUACAAAGUUAAAAUAGGCCACUAAUCUACACCAAAUAAUGCAUUUAACAUGUUAUGGUUUUGUUUUAUGAGUUACUUUACAAUUAAAAAACCUUUUGUAGUGAUGAUUCUAUUUUAUUACAUUUGUGCUGGUUCUUCUUGUGACUGAAACGUAAAUUGGAGUGAGAAGCAUUUGAUGAUGAUUCUUUAAGCUUCUACUAUUAGUGGAAUUUAGGAGUGUAUAAAAUAACAUGCAUGCCUCUUCUAAAAUAAGUGUCCCCGCUAACCAUGCUAAUUGAUUGUCCUCGCCUUCUCUUCCUUGGUCGGGGACUUUAUGUUGUCGCUUGUGUUUUAUUUUGCUCCCUCCCUAAUAAUUAUGACUUCAUUUCUCAUGCCAUUCCAGCGUGUGAACAAGUGCCGCUGUAUUGACUGAAGAAUGAUAAAUAUUUCUGCCACCACAUUUAAUUCUUGCUAAUAUUAGAUCAGUGUUGUUGCCGGGGGUGAUUCACUUGCUCAAUAAGUAAUAGCCGUGAUGGUGUAAUUGCUGUAAUUAGUUAGAAUGACGACAUCCUUUAAAUGCCAAUAAAACCAAAAGGUGGAAGUGAAAUCAAUUUACUGUAAAAUUCUUUUACUCUGGUGCUCAGGAUCCCAGGAAUCACAGUAAUAGCGAGGAAAAAAAAAUCUCACAUAAACACCAGCUUUUUUUGUGUUAAAAUUGUGUAUUUUAGUACCUGCAACUUUGAUGACACCACAAAAAAAUUAAACACACUUUUACGCAAGUCCCUUUUUUAGUCAGGGAAAAGUUAGUCUGUACGGGAAAAUAAAAACACCACUUUGUAUGUUGUAGUGGGCAUGCGGCUUUUACAUUAAUAUAAAUAUGAUAAAACACAAAAAGAAAAAAAAAAUACACAAAUACAUUGUUGUGCAUUGCAUAACCCCCAUGUUGACCUACAACAAAAACCUAUUGUUAAAGGGCUUUUACCAUGAUUCAUUUUCCACAGCAAACCUAAUAUUGUAAGGUUGAAUCAAAAUAAUUGUCCUCACAAUAAUGUAGACAUGACCUUAUUUCCUUCUCUCUGACUUUUUAUUUAUUUAUUUUUAAUCCAUUCCCCUUUUUAAUAUGGGAAUCCAUGGUGGGCAGAGCCUCUAAUUGUCACAUGGUUUGCUGUGAACGUCAUCUUCCAGCAGUCAUUAGUGCAGAUGCUCAUUUCCGUGCUGCUACAGCGUACAGUGAUAUUAUAGUAAAUAAUAUCCCUCCACUUCCUGUUAAGGGAAUGAAGUGUUACAGACUGUAAUAUAGUAUUAUUAUUAUAUAAGGUUACCUUAUCCUGGCCAGUGAAUAUUUAGCCAGACUCCCUCAUACAGAAGUAUGUAAGUGAACUGUGUGCAGUGUAUCCACUGUAUAUGCUGCAAACCAAUUGGCUGCAUAUUCACUGUGUGAGGAAAACUGAGCAUGCCUGACCAGAGGAGAACACAGCUUUCAGGAUCUAUACUAUGGAAACAAGCAAAGAAAAAGAUUAUCCAGCCUAUAUCGGUAGUACUGUCAAAAAUGACUGAUUUCUGAUAAUUACUUGUAUAUGCUAAUAUACUUCAUUUCACAUGCAUUAGCUUAGAUCUUUUUGUCUUCAUGGUAAAACUCCUUUAGGGUACGUUCACGUUCAUCAAAUCUGCGCGGGAUCAUGUACGUAUGAACGUACCCUUAACAAAAUAGUUUUCCUAAAGCCAACCUUAGAAUGUUCAGUUUAAAAUAAAUGUAAAUAAAGUGUGAUCAAUCGGGGUCUGGUUGCGGAGACCACCACCAAUAGCUAAGCACUUCUUCCUGCUAGUUCUAGUGAAGUGCCUCUCUGCAGGAUACAGAUUCUAUAGAAAAUCUAUGGCACCUGUCUUCUGCAGCAGGUAGACACUGGGAUAGAAGUACCUAGCUGAGCAUUGAUCCCUAACUGUUCCAGCAAUAUGUUGGAGUAUUUGGCACCCAAACCCAGAGGAACUUUUGACGUGGUUUUGUAAACAACAAUGACACUAAGAUUCCUUACAUUUAAAUAAAAAUUUGGUGCUGCUUUUAUAACCAUCUAUAGAACUAAUUGUAUUCAUUGGGUUGACAUACCUUUAGUGGACAAUACAGUAAGUAACUUGCUAUUUUAGUUUCCAUUGGAACAUACCAGACUUAGGACAGGUCUGCUAUCUCUGCCUGACAGAAUGGACAUUGUCUGCCUUAGAAGUCUGUCUAUAGCAUGGCAUGAUGGGUGGUGGGUUGUGAACAAUUAUUCUUUUUUUACACACUUGUGGUGGUGGAUUUUAGUUUGUGUGUGUAUGUGUGUGUGUUUGCAUUUCAUGACUUCUCUCAAGAACUUUUUUUUUCCAUCCUAAAGCUGGUUCCCUUGUGUUUUAGUCUCCAGUCUUAGCAAAUCCACAAAACUGUCAUCCGUGAAAAACUGCAUCUAUUAUUGGCCGGAGUGAUCCUGUCCUGCUUUGGUUUAGAAAAGGUGUCAAUAGGUGUUAGCUGGACCUAGUCUGUGUAUUUUGGUGGAUAAAUGGCUACCUUAUACUUCUGGUUACUGUAAAGGCAAAUUUGUGAACUUGUAUGUAUCAUUUCACUUUGGUUAGUUUACUGGUAUUGACUAUUUAUUGCCAUGUACUGUAUACACGAGGCUGCACUGCUAGUACAGUGGGCUGGCUCUUACAGCAACUGUUCAUUCGGUAAUGAAUUGCUACUAUGAAAUGUUAUGUAAUUCAGGAUGGUGAAGCAAGAAUUUCAGGCAUUUUUUUCAGCUGUUGCUUCAAGCAAUCUCAGGGUUUUCUUCUGGUCAACUGAUCUCCUGUGUUAAUACACAAUCCAAACAUUACGUAUUCCCUAGUCAUGAAACACAAGUGACCUUGGUAAUUGACACAUUUUCUCUAUACAGACCUUUCUAUUCUUGUUGUCCUGGGCAUACGUAGAUGUUGUCACAUUGUGUCAGAGCAGAAAGAAUAAUUGCAAUGAAUUUACUGUUUGCAGGGAUGGAUCUGAGCAGUUUAGGAUGGGAGCGGCAGAGAGCAAGUGCUUAAAGCAGGCAACGGGCAGCUGAGGCGCAGAUCUGUGCAGGACCUCAGUAUUGUUGGAACAGAAUCCAAUCAGGAAAGUAGAAAUAGCAGCAGAUCCUCAAGUCCUAGUGUGAGGAUGAUAACUACCUCAGGACCAACCCCCGACAAGCCAGCACGUGGUAUUCCACUGGUUACUGAUGAUUCAGAUACCAAUGGCUCAGAUAACUCUAUACCAAUGGCUUACCUUACUCUGGAUCACCAGUUACAACCUCUAGCACCCUGUCCAAACUCCAAAGAAUCUAUGGCUGUGUUUGAACAGCACUGCAAAAUGGCACAGGAAUACAUGAAAGUGCAAACAGAGAUAGCAUUAUUACUGCAGCGAAAGCAAGAACUUAUAGCAGAACUUGACCAGGAUGAAAAAGACCAACAGAAUACAUCUCGUCUGGUACAGGAGCACAAAAAGCUUUUAGAUGAAAACAAAAGCCUUUCAACAUAUUAUCAGCAAUGCAAGAAACAGCUGGAUGUCAUCCGAAGCCAGCAACAGAAACGGCAAGGAACGUCCUGAUCUAGAUCCGUUACCAGAUGACCUCUGGCUACUGUGCAAUUAAAGACAAUGUGCAAACUUUCCUUUGUAACUUUCAGCAUGAAAAUGGAUAUAUUCAUUGGAUCAGCACAUGACACUGCUGGAUGAAAUACAGCCAUUAAGGGAUUGAUGUGAACUAUUGGUGUAUGCAUGUUUCAUGCCUGUGGAAGGUCCUAAUACGUUAUAUAUGAAUAGUUUGAUUAAUCUUUUAUAUGUAAUGCUGAACUUUGCUUCUUAAAGAAUGUCAAAGACCCUGCUUUUCAAAGAAUUUAUUUUUUGGUAACAAAAUGCAUUUUAGUCUGCUCUCUAAUAAGAUUUCCAGUUCUACCGGUUGUCCCUUUUUAAGCAGUUUCACAUAUUCUAUGUCUUAUUGUAUUCCUGUAGUUCAGUAAUUUUAUGUUUUACUAUCCGUGUGCGGAGAAAAGAAAUGUGGGGGCGGUGAACAAUGAAUGAAAUAAAGCAGGUUUGUUAAAAAAAAGAAAGAAAAAAUAAGCUACAUCCACAUUCAAUAAGUGACUCCAUGCUCUCCCUUCAGUCUGAACUUAAUUAAAGUACAGUAAAGGAACGUCAUGCUGGUAAGAUAAUCAUUCCCAUCUUCUUGGGUCAUGGGGUAUUUGUACUUUAAUUAUUGAACGUCUAGGAGAACAUUCUACUCAUAAAGAUCAUAAAUGGAACAAA